AGCCGAACCGGGCCGAACCGAACCGAACCGGGCCGAGCCGAGCCGAGCCGAGGGCGCUCGGGAGCCCGCGCGCAGCAUGGCCGAGCCACCGGCGGCGCCGGGCCCCGAGGGCGAGGAGGGCCCGGUGCGCUUCGCCCGCAAGGGCGCCCUGCGGCAGAAGAACGUGCAUGAGGUGAAGAACCACAAGUUCACGGCGCGCUUCUUCAAGCAGCCCACCUUCUGCAGCCACUGCACCGACUUCAUCUGGGGCUUCGGGAAGCAGGGCUUCCAGUGUCAAGUUUGCUGCUUCGUCGUGCACAAGCGGUGCCAUGAAUUCGUCACCUUCUCCUGCCCCGGUGCCGACAAAGGCCCUGCUUCGGAUGAUCCUCGGAGCAAACACAAAUUCAAAAUCCACACGUAUUCCAGUCCCACCUUCUGCGACCACUGCGGCUCGUUGCUGUACGGGCUCAUCCACCAGGGGAUGAAAUGCGACACCUGCAUGAUGAACGUGCACAAGCGCUGCGUGAUGAACGUCCCCAGUCUAUGCGGAACGGACCACACCGAGCGUCGGGGCCGGAUAUACAUCAGGGCUGACAUCGAAAAAGACGUUCUAACCGUUGUAGUAAGAGAUGCUAAAAACCUAGUUCCUAUGGAUCCUAAUGGCUUGUCAGAUCCCUACGUGAAACUUAAACUAAUCCCUGACCCCAAAAAUGAAAGCAAACAGAAGACCAAAACUAUAAAGUGCUCCCUGAAUCCCGAGUGGAACGAGACAUUUAAAUUCCAACUGAAGGAGGCAGACAAAGACAGGCGGUUGUCCGUGGAGAUCUGGGACUGGGAUCUGACCAGCAGGAACGACUUCAUGGGCUCCCUGUCCUUCGGGAUUUCCGAACUGCAGAAGGCCGGCGUCGACGGGUGGUUUAAGCUGCUGAGCCAGGAGGAGGGAGAGUAUUUCAACGUCCCGGUGCCCCCCGAGGGAGAAGAAGGAAACGAGGAGCUGAGGCAGAAGUUUGAGAGAGCCAAGAUCGGUCCAGGAUCCAAGGCUGCCGAUGAGAAGACGACGAAUGCUAUUUCUAAAUUCGAUAACAACGGAAGCAGAGAUCGGAUGAAGCUUUCGGAUUUCAAUUUCCUGAUGGUGCUGGGAAAAGGAAGCUUUGGAAAGGUCAUGCUGGCCGAGAGGAAGGGCACGGACGAGCUCUACGCCGUGAAGAUCUUGAAGAAGGACGUGGUUAUCCAGGACGACGACGUGGAGUGCACGAUGGUGGAGAAGCGGGUCCUGGCCCUCUCGGGGAAGCCGCCGUUCCUGACGCAGCUCCACUCCUGCUUCCAGACGAUGGACCGCUUGUACUUUGUGAUGGAGUACGUGAACGGCGGGGACCUGAUGUACCAGAUCCAGCAGGUCGGGAGGUUCAAGGAGCCGCACGCCGUAUUCUAUGCAGCAGAAAUAGCCAUCGGCCUCUUCUUCCUGCAAAGCAAAGGCAUCAUUUACCGAGACCUGAAGCUGGACAACGUGAUGCUGGAUAGCGAAGGGCACAUAAAGAUCGCAGACUUCGGCAUGUGCAAGGAGAACAUCUGGGAUGGGGUGACCACCAAGACCUUCUGCGGCACCCCAGACUACAUUGCGCCUGAGAUAAUUGCUUAUCAGCCCUACGGGAAGUCGGUGGACUGGUGGGCAUUCGGCGUCCUGCUCUACGAGAUGUUAGCCGGCCAGGCUCCCUUUGAGGGCGAGGAUGAAGACGAGCUCUUCCAGUCCAUUAUGGAGCACAACGUGGCCUAUCCCAAGUCCAUGUCCAAGGAGGCGGUGGCCAUCUGCAAGGGGCUCAUGACCAAGCACCCUGCCAAGCGCCUGGGCUGCGGCCCGGAAGGAGAGCGGGACAUCAAGGAGCACGCGUUCUUCCGGUACAUCGACUGGGACAAGCUCGAGCGCAAGGAGAUUCAGCCUCCCUUCAAGCCCAAGGCUAAGGACAAACGCGACACUUCCAACUUCGACAAAGAGUUCACCCGGCAGCCCGUGGAGCUGACGCCCACCGACAAGCUCUUCAUCAUGAACUUGGACCAGAACGAGUUCGCGGGAUUCUCCUACACUAACCCCGAGUUUGUCAUUAACGUUUAGCGCCGGGCGGGCAGCCGGCGACGCCGGAGCGCCCUGUAAAUACCCACACUCGUCUUCCGGGAUUAGCAGUGCGUACAUACGUAUCCUCAUCGGAAACACGACGACCGCUUGUUUUAGGAGGCCUCUAUGUGUGUGUGUCACCUGCUCGCUUGGUCUCUGGCUGGGAACGCUUGGGGUUGGGCUGGCGGCCGCGAUCCCUCUAGGAGCUCUCGGUGGUGGUGACUAAUAGCGUUUUUAAACAGAAGUACACCAAACUGCUGCAGUCUUUGUAAUUCUUGAGAUCAGAUGCUGAAAUUCCAGUGAACUUAGUUAUUCACAAGUUGUCUCCUUUGAAUGCUAAGCAUGGUUGAUAUUUUAAGCAGUUGUGCCGAAGCUUGCCAUGACUGUGAACUUGUCUUAGAAGAGCCUUUUGUUCAAGACAUGGGUGCGUUUGGUCACUGUGGAAAAGUCUGCUUAUAGACAUACCUAUGUUUUUAAAGGCAUUGUACAUACGGCCGGAUUGGCUCACCGAAGCUGUCUUCCUCCUUAGCCUCCCGUGAACGUGUGCGUUGCCCUACGUUUCCUCCCGUUACUCAGGCGUUCAGACUGCAAAACGAGUUUCAUUCCAGUUCUUGUAAAUCAGAGCAAAUCUUUUUCUAAGUGAAAGGUGGGUUUUUUUUUUUUUUAACAUCUGGAACAGUUUGCAGUUUUGAUAUACUAUGUCAGCACUCUCAUAAAUCUUUCUCCUGUUUUUUCACAGACACAGUCAAAAUUUAGCAGCUCUGUAAAGGAUAUUAAUAUUCUACCAAAACAAAACACAUUUAUAUUCUCGGUUUACAGUUUAGCAACUGAAACUCUGCCCGCUAAAAAAGGGCUGUACUGAGGGCUAUUUCUAAUGGGAACUUUUAUACUUUACACCCUCCGCUAUUAUCUUAAAGGCUCAAAGUCAUGAAUUUUACAGACAUCUUGAUUUACCUGAUUUUAGUCAAAAUUCCUGGGGAUGUUACUCGGUAAUCCAGGACCUUCUGCAUGGUUGCAGAAACCCCGGACCAGGACGGAGCAUCCAUGCGUGCCGGGGCGGGCGGGCAGCGUGCCGGGGCGGCUCCGCGAGCCGGGCCGAUGUGCUGCUUUUGCUCGCAGCGGGAUGCGCGCCGAGCGUGCGCGUCUCGAGUCGCACCGGCUGCUGUUCCUCUCGCCAUACGGGAGUUCGGUGGGUUUGCAAAAAGCACGCAUAUAUUUUUUGAAACUACCGAUUCUGGUGUAAAUACACAUGACUUCAUGAAUAUGGGGAAAAAUGGGGGUGGGAUUUUGUGAAUCAUGUGGAAUCCUGCAACCGAAAUCCCGGUUUGUAGGUCUUUUAUAAACCUCAGACUCUACCUUUGGCAAUCCUUUUCUUCCGUUAACGGUUCAUUAAGGACAAAAGGCUGCUGGAAGCCAGGCGCUGCCGCCGGCUCCACGGCCGUGGGCGCACGGGGCCGUGCCCCCGGCUCAGGUGCCACCUGGGCUUGCAGAGACAAAACACAACCCGCAAAAACUGCAAAUUGUGCCAGAUUGAUAAGGGGGGUUAUGGGAGACUUCGCCUCAGACGGCACCAGAGGAAGCUGGAGUUUGACUUCAUUCGUGGUGAGAGCGCUCACCGCUGCGCGUGCGUUUCGGGAGCCGUCCCGCCCCUGCUGCAGACCACAGUGGAUGUUCAGAGCAUGUGUGUUACCGUGACCUUCAAACCCGUCGCUGCAGAGUUAGUGUUACUUAAGUGGUGAAUGCUUUAAUUUCGUAUCUUCGGCUCCGAGUAGGCUCCCGCGGUCUCUCCGACGCCGGAGCGCUGUAAGGUGUCUUCGGUUGGGAAGGCGCCGGGAGCCGUGCCGUGCCGUGCCGUGCCGUGCCGCGCGGGGACCACCGCGCAGGGCACCGCGUCUCCUUUCCCCUGGGGCUUCUGUGUUUAUCCGGGGUGACCCUUCCGCGUGGGGUGGGAUCUGCCCGAUGCUGAGCGGCCCCGGCGGCACCUCCCGCCGGAGCCUCCCGGGAAGCCGUUCUGCAGGCGGGGCGGCUCCGCUCUGCCCGUGGGAGCCGGCUGUGCGGCACCAGCGACGCCCGCGCGCAGCUCUGAUGGCCGCAGGGUCACGAUCGCGCUGCUGGGGAGCUUGGCGAAGGCUGGGCCCGGGGAGGGGGGGACGCUGCCUCCGCGUGCCCCCCGGGCCGGCUCGUGCCGCGAGCUGCCGCGUCCCUGACGCUGCCCAAGCCGCUGCUUGCAAAGCUCCCGUUUCGCGGUUUGCAGCCCCUUCCCCCCGUGGAGCGAUGUAGGAGGGAACGUGGCCCCGCACAGACGCUGAGGCUAGUGCGGACUCGUCCAGGGAAGGACACGGUGGCCAUGGUCGGCUCUGUCUACCGCAGUCGGAUGAUUUAGACUUUGCCAUUAGGUGGGAAAAGCAGCGCUUUAGGAAGACGGUUGGUCCCCGGGUGGCUGGUGCGGGAUGGAGCCCGGCGGAAGGAAGGCUCUGCGCGGUGGGUGCAGGGCGGAGGAGACGCUCGGGAGCAGCCCGGGAGCAGCUCAGUCUGCGGCUGGCAACCAGCAUCUCCCGGCGCAGAUGUGCCGCUUCCUUCACCCCGGCUCACUGCUUCUUGUCCCACGCGGGUGUUGGGAAAAACACCGGGAUUUCUCGCUGGAGGCAGGCGUUCCCGACCGUGUCGGCGGGGACGGCGGCCUUGUUCAACAGCCGUGCUUCCCUGGGCCGCGCCAGGCUGCCGCUCGGGAAUUCGGCCAACGGGAAGCAAAAGCACGGCGGUGCUCUGCCCCGGUGCUGCGGCGGGGUGCAGGCGGGCGGGGAGCUGCUCGGGUGCGGCGCGGGCGCUGGUGGCACGGCGUGGCGUGGGCACUGAUGGCACGGCGCGGGUGCUGGUGGCGUGGUGCAGGUGCUGAUGGCCUGGUGCAGGUGCUGGUGGCACGGCGCGGGUGCUGAUGUCGUGGUGCAGGUGCUGGUGGCACGGCGUGGGCGCAGGGGCAGUGCUGCCCGCCGCACACCCCGGCAUGGUUGCCUGAGGCUGCAGCCUUCCCCGCCUACCCCGGCCGCUGCAGUCGCCUCUCUCCCUCUUGGCCUGCCGAAACGGAGUUUGCUUUCGGCAAAAUGCCGUUGCAGAGAGGUCGGCGUUGGUCUCGAGAGCGAGAGGCUCCGGGUCGGUGGUUGGGGGUUCGGGCUUGCGGUGCAGCACGGCCGCGGGCGAGCAGGGCCGGAGGGGCAGCAGGGACAAGGACAGAUCAGGAGAAGUGACGUGACUCGGGUCAGCGGUGACCCAGUGCUGGCGCUGGGGUCUCGGCAUCCCCAGCCGGCUGUCGCCAGUGCGCUGGUGGGAUCGUAGACGGGACCGGGCGGGUUUUCUUCAUCCGCUCCGAGGCUGCUGCCCCGCAGCUGAGGGGGGGUCGCUGGGUGGGCUGCGGCCAGCCCCCCGGGGCAGGGGCGACCUGCUGUGGCGGCUCUCCUCUUCCCCCGCUGGAGCCUGAGCAGCUGCCUUCCCUGGGCACGGAAGCUGUCGCAGAAGUGGUUGUUGAUCCAUUUAAUCUCUCUAAUAACCACGUGCAAGUUUGCACCGCGGCAAACCCGUACGGGCAGUCUCAGCGGUGCGAAGCUCAGCGAGGGGCCAGGCAGCAGAUGUGCUCUGGGGCUUGUUGCUCCCAGGACCUCGAAUGCAAGGGGAGAAGCAGGGCGAGUUUUUGCACGGGGCAAGGCGACAGCUGUUCCAAGGACGGGGCUCCCAUCUGGAGCGUGGACCAGCUCAGCGCGGUGCUGCGGCUCCCCUGCUUUGCGGCGGCAGACGUGCCGCGGAGCCCGCGAGAGCCGGGGCACAGCAAGCAUCUUGCUCCAUGCAUGGAAGUGUCAUCCAAGCUGUUUAUUUCUGAUCACGUUCAAACUGGCAAUUAAAAACAAAGGAAAAAAUUGGAAAUGUUUAUUGUUGAUCAGUUUGUGUUUGUGAAUUUGAUUUCACCUGCAAGUAUCUGAUGACUUUUCUACAUCCAUAGACUACCUGCUGUGUGUUUGUCAAAGGAUUCUCAUAGACCUCCUUUUAGAUGGGCAUAUACUCUUUAUUCUAUUUGCUGCAUGUAUGAAAAAAUAAAGUAUAUAAUUUUAAAGAAA